CAGGAAGGGACCUCCACCAACAACCAAGGUAAGGUUUCUGAGACCCCUGAAGUGCCAUGGCCACUGGAUUCUGCAGUCUUUCUUUGAUGAAAGAGAUGGCGAGCCACUGUUGGACCUUUUCAUCCCUCACUCUCUCAUCUCCUCCUUUGAUCCCUUAUUUUGAGGAUUCCGGCAUGGACCUUGAAAUGGAGGAAUAAGAUACAACUCAUUCGGACUAUCGAUGACAAGCCAGGCAUUUGGAGUUCUGAAUGGCAGGAUGUGAAUGGAUGGCCCACUGGAUCCCCAAUGUGUCUGAGCAGAAAGACAAGCACACGGAGGAUUAGAGGGAAAGGGGAUCGGCCGUCACAUCCAGAUGCUACAAAUCUGCUCCCAGCCUCACAUGUGAAUAGGAACGGCUUUCUAGUGGAUUGGAAGUUAACAUGAGGAUGAACAGAGCCUUUUGGAACUGUGAUUGAACUGGCAGUGAGCCAGAAUCCUCUUUCCAAAGAGUGGACGACCAGUCAAUGAAUUAUGAAUGUUAAACAAGAUGACCUCCUCUCAGCAGCAGCAGAUGAUGCGAGGUCCUAGGUGGAAUCGGGCCUUGUCCGACCCUUUGUUUGUGCUGCUCCUGGCCCUCCAGCUGCUCGUGGUGGCAGGGCUGGUACGUGCUCAGACGUGCCCCUCCGCCUGCUCCUGCAGUAACCAGUUCAGCAAAGUCAUCUGCACCAGACGAGGCCUGCGGGAAGUCCCUGAUGGCAUCUCGACCAACACACGCUACCUGAAUCUACAAGAAAAUCUCAUUCAGGUCAUAAAGGUGGACAGCUUCAAGCACCUAAGACAUUUGGAGAUUCUGCAGCUGAGCAAAAACCACAUACGCAAAAUAGAGCUGGGAGCCUUCAAUGGACUGGCCAGCCUCAAUACCCUGGAGCUUUUUGAUAAUCGCCUCACUACUAUCCCAAAUGGGGCAUUGAGUAACCUGUCCAAACUAAAGGAGCUUUGGCAGAAUAACCCCAUAGAGAGCAUUCCCUCCUAUGCUUUUAACAGAGUGCCCUCAUUGCGGCGGUUGGACCUUGGGGAGCUCAAACGGCUCUCUUACAUUUCUGAGGGAGCAUUUGAAGGGCCUGAGCAAUCUGCGCUACUUAAUCUGGGAAUGUGCAAUCUGAAGGAAAUUCCCAACCUAAUUCCCCUGGUGAAGCUGGAUGAACUGGAGAUGUCAGGGAACCAGCUAUCUGUCAUCCCUGGCUCUUUUAAAGGGCUUAUCCAUUUGCAGAAGCUGUGGAUGAUGCAUGCUCAGAUCCAGACCAUAGAAAGAAACUCUUUUGAUGAUCUGCAGUCACUAGUGGAGCUCAAUCUAGCCCAUAACAACCUCAUCUUGCCCCAUGAUCUUUUCACACCUUUACAUCACCUAGAGAGGGUGCACUUGCACCACAACCCGUGGAAUUGUAACUGUGACAUCCUCUGGCUAAGCUGGUGGCUAAAGGAGAUGGUACCAGCGAACACAAGCUGCUGUGCCCGCUGCAGCUCACCAACCCACCAUAAGGGGCGAUACAUUGGCGAGCUGGACCAGAACUACUUUCACUGUUAUGCUCCCGUUAUUGUGGCUCCCGCAGAUCUAAAUGUGACAGAGGGAAGUGCUGCUGAGUUAAGAUGCAGAGCCAGCUCAUUGACCUCUGUAAGCUGGAUUACACCCAAUGGCUCCAUCAUGACACACGGCGCGUACAAGAUCAGAAUCUCUGUGCUGAAUGACGGCACUCUGAACUUCACCAAUGUUACCAUGCAGGACACAGGCACGUAUACAUGUAUGGUUAGUAAUUCUGCAGGUAACACAACAGCCUCUGCCACGCUCAACGUGUCGUCCACAGAGAACAGCAGUUUCAGCUACUUCACCACAGUCACAGUGGAGACCAUAGAGACACCGCAUAAUGAAGGUUACACAACUACAGUGCAGCAAGAAGUGGGCCCGACUCCCUCUGCUGGAACAUGGGAGUCUGUGUCACCCACUUCUACAACCACCACCACAGUCCGGACGCCACUCUCCACACGCGCCACAGAGAAGACUUACACAAUCCCUGUCACGGAGCUGGGUGGGGAGGGCUCACUGAACGGCUUGGACGAGGUAAUGAAGACCACCAAGAUCAUCAUUGGCUGCUUUGUUGCAAUCACACUCAUGGCAGCAGUCAUGCUGAUCAUCUUCUACAAGAUGCGCAAACAGCACCACCAGCAGAAUCACCAUGCACCCACACGCACCAUUGAGAUCAUCAAUGUGGAUGAGGACUGUGUAACAGGAGGCCCAGGCAUGGAGGGCCACCUGACUCUGCCUCCUCUUGAGCACGAGCACCUCAACCACUAUAACACUUAUAAGACUGCAUACAAUGCCACUAUCAACUCCAUACACAGCUCAGUGCACGAACCUUUGUUAAUUCGGGCCAGCUCAAAAGACAAUGUACAAGAGACCCAAAUCUAACACUUUUUUUCAAAAUGAGACACUAUAAAACUGGAGGAAUUAGAUAAAGACAUUUCUGACCGGACUUUACGGACAACUGGUUGUGAGGACUAUGGCUCAAACAUGGAGGACUAUGGCUCAUGUGUUGGGCAAAUCAGUUGCUGGUGAUGUGUAUCAAUGACUUUGGGAAUUAGGGUAUGUCUACUGUUUCAAAAAGUGUCUUUACAAAACAGAAGUUAUUUAUUUAAGAAAAAAACUAUUGUGGUUAAAUCAAGAAAAAACUGUAUUCUGCAAUUAUUUUUUCAGCACUUAAUUCAUGUUUUCUUUUUCAUUUUCCUCUUGUUUCACUAGAUUGGUUUACUAAUAUGCCUUUAAACUAUGUGUGAAGAUAUCAGUCAAGCAAAACUCCUGAAGCUAAUUACUAUUCUUGGUAACCUGCAGACUUGAGAUCAGAAGAGGGAGUAACCUCAUUCUGCCCAUGUCAAUCAAGGAAUCUAGAGCACAUUAGUGAUGUUCUCCAGCUGUGGAUUAAGUGAUGAGAUCUUUUGUGGCGAUCUGUAACCGAGAUAAACAAACGUGUUAGUUAUUUUACGAUGGUGGCAGAACUGCUAGUGAGGAGAUUGGUCGAAACCUCUGUCACAUUCAUAUUAGGCUCUGUGCUCAAUAGAUUGAGGGUCUUAAAUGAGAGGAAAAUGUCGUGCAUUUUGCUGUUUUAGCUAAAUUAGAUUCUAUUGAUUAACUAUGAAAGAAGCACACAUUGUCUUUGUGUUCCUAAUGUAUUCAAAAAAUCCUAUCUGAUCCCUUAUCCCCACUUGUUUUGAGUCAAGUUGAAAGUUAAGCUGAAUUAUCCUCUGAUCAGUAUAAAGAACUUUAUGUUAAUUGCAUUCAGACUGAAUUAGAUGUAAGGGAUACAGGAGCAGAGCUCAUAAACAUCACUCUGAUUGGAAUUGAAAAAGACAUGAAGAUCAGAAGGAUUGCAAAAAUGUAGAUCUUAAAGUGUUGAGAAAGCCCACUAGCUCAAAAUGUUUCAAUUAUUAUUAUGGCCUUCCCUUUACCCUACAGUGCUUUGUACUGUUGCAUAUGAAGAUAAGAGCUUUGAAGCCACCUUUUCAUGCUGGGAGCUCCUUCCUCAUUUGCAGUACUGUGGGACUGAGUGCUGUCAGAAUCCCACUGAUGAGCUGUGAAAAGAGCAUAAACCCUUUAUGCAGCUGUCUGAUCACAUUGCCCGUCAUCUGCAUACCGCGUUCUCACAUGGGCAGUGUCUGGCAGCCCCACAUUCACACCCUGCCCCUGCCAACCACAGGACUUGGCCCCUUAGCUGCAGGAGACUGCAGAAGCCUCAGCGGGAGGCUUUAGAGGGUGGAUGUGUGGGAUCCGGCAUCAACCAGAUGUUUGGGAUGCACCUGCCUCUCUCCCUCUCUCCCUUAGCGACAACACAAUUUCCAUUUUAAUUGACGUGCCAUGGGCUGUGGAUGGACACAGCUCUCAAGCCGCCUAUACCCUGUAAACCCUUUCAAAGCCUGCUCCGUGUUAAGAAAAAAAAAAGAUAAAGAACGAGGCACAGUCACAGCAGAGGUGAGGCAGACAUCUGUCAGAUCCUACAAUUGGUGAGAUGAUUCAGGUUUAGUUGAGGUAAAUCUGCUCCAGUGAAAAUGAGAAAAAAGUAAAGACAUUAAUUUGUUAAUUCCAGUUUAUUGUUUGUCACAAAACGGGCUUAUGCAAAAAAAAAAAGUAAAAAUACCUUUUUACCAUGGACAGAAGCAGGGUCAGCUGUGAUUGGUGGCUGCCACAGUUGAUUUCGUUGAGGGCGGUUUGGCAACAAAAAUGACAGAUCAGCACAUUUGAACACUUCUCCUAAACCACAACACUGUGGAGCUCACAAGUUGUUAAAGUUGAGUUUAAGUUUUAAUAUGUUACAUGCCAUAACAAAAACAACCUCAGAGAAUGCUCUUAUCCUCACACAGAGAUCUUUGUAAUAAUUGUAGAAUUAUUCCCACUAAAAUUGACUUGAACCUCAAAGAAAAAUGAGCCAUGUCCCAUAUGUUAGCGCAUUUUUGCCAAUGAAUGAGAAGGUGAAGCUUUUUAUCACAGUAUCCCAUGACUAGAAUAUAGAAAAGGCAUUAAAUGAAACAAUAAGAUUAGAGUCUUAGGCCCUAUUCUCAGUGGAGAAGUAUCACUUUGGGUUUUCCUUUUGUAUGUAAUAGAAUAAUUGCAUAGAUUAGACAUAUGAACAAUCUGUGGGUGCAAUCUGCUGGAUAAAUACUCUGCAGCGAAUUAUCUUCUUAAUUUUAUUUAAUACAGGGAUAAUUGGAUAAUAUUAGUCCCCUGUGAAAGUCCAUACUUGUAAUACAUUUUGCUGUAUAUUUCAAGGGUAAGAUUAAAUAAGAGGAAUUUGACUUUUAUACAAAUUUGGAUGCAAAUUUGUAAGUGAAGCAGCUUUGAGGGGUCUAUUGGUAUGUUUCAAGAUCUGAUCACAAUAAAUCUGGAGAUUGUUUAGUGAAUCUGAGAGAUUUUUGUUCACUUUGAAUGUGCUGCACACAACACAGAUGUGGUUGUUAGAUUCCUUAUUAACAUGAGGUCCCCAAGUACUUUUAGUCCAGACUAAAUGACGUAAUUUCUUACUCCAUAUUAUACUUUUUUGUCACCUGGAUACUAUUUAUCUCAUAAUUGCACUUCUGUGGAGUUUGGGACAUUUGUAAACCAUAGAAUGGCCUGGUUUUGUGUCAUUUAGUCUGUGUUUGGGUUCCUAGUGGUGGGAUGUGGAUCACAAUUCUACUCGGUUUAUGUAAGAGAGUGUAAUCAUCCUCCCUUUUUGCCUUUAGUUGAAGGUAAAUUGUCUGAAAAUUUAAAUCGUAAAUUUGUUGCAUUUUAGUCCAGCUGUCUCAUGUAUGUAAGAUAUCUAAAUAUUUUGGUCAAUAUUUUGAUUUUUUUUUUCCAACGUUAUUUGCUUUUGAUUUCUGAGAUUGAAUGCUGUUCUAGUGGUAGAUUUAUAUAAAAACACAUUUUGAGAAUAAAACAAAACAAAAAUUUUUAAAUUUUGGUUUUACAUGUGCCAACAACCUGUUCUAAAAGUGCAAAAACAGAAACAUGAUGUAAAAGAAUACCAGAUUGAUUUUCAUGUAAGCAUUCUUUGAUGACCUUUAAAAGAUAUGGAGAUCGAUUAUAGAGACCAGAGUUUGUAGUACAUACACAAAAUAUGGUUAAAAUAAACUAUUGUUGUUUUUC